AUGCUCUAUUCUCGGCAUAAUGCGGAGGGCAACGGCGGAAGGAAGCUGCUGCUACUUUUUGCCGCCUUGCUCCUCAUGACGGCUGUACUGACAGUCUCCUUGACCGCCAAGCUGAAUAAAUCGAAUGCCAAGAAGAAGAGCAUUGCGGUGUUGGGGCAAAGACGCCAAGAGCAAGUGCAGUCCUUGCUAGCAGAAGAGCGAGCAAUUCGGGCGGAGAAGCAGGGUCUCAACGCAGAACUGGCGCGCAUCCACCUGAAGUUGAAAGCGCUGGUAGACAGUGGAGACAAGAAUUUGCAGCCGGUGGCCAUGCACUCUCAGAGCGAGGGCGGCAAGGAGGACUCCCAGCGACCUGCGAACUUUGUUCUGACUAUGGGAACCCAUGGCUCGCAGCUCGUGGACUCGAGGCCGAUUUCAUCUUCUGAUGUUGACAUCACUGGAACCGCUCCGUACUGGGCUGUCGACGUGCCUGGGAAGCAACAGAGGGAAGCAGAACUUGAGGGGAAGGAUAGUCUGUUGAACAGAAUCUCGCCGGAGCUCAGGAAGAAUUUCCGACAGAGGAUGAUCGAUCUACUAGCUGAGAGAGCAAAGAGCCACAAGAGUGACUCGGCUGCGUUGAACCAGCUCGCUGCGAGCAUGAAGCGGAUCUCUUCUCAUUCUGCUUCCCCAGCAAGGAUCUUAGAAGGGUCGAAGCACCAUAUGUGGUCUGGUUACGGCAAAGUACCGCCAUGGGACCAGAAAUCGUUCUCAAAGCAACAGGUGCUAGAGACAACCGCCGACAAUUCCGCCGAUGCGUCGAGCGAUCCUCUGAACGCGAACGAUUUCUACAAUCGAGAGAUGAAAGAGGAUGUCGAGCGCAAGGAGCACUCGUUCCAUGCCUUCGAGAAGCCAGCAGUCAAAUCCUCGGACAACUUCGCGGCUGUUAGCCUGCCUUCCACACUGGGCCGCGGCUCAGUUAUAUAUCACUAUAGUACAAACGUGCCCGAAGCUACCGCCAUGAACGAUGCUUGCUUCCCCGUCAACGAUGGCACGUUGAUGGGACCAGACCUUCUCAACAACCGCCUGCUCCUCAGGGUCCAUCUCAGGGAAUCUUCACAUUCGGAAACGUUUGCGGUCAACGCCGAUCACUUCCGGGGUGAGGACAUGCAAAGGCUGGUGAACAUCCUCUGUGAGCAGAUGAAGAUACCUCGAGAGGAGGCGUCAACCUAUGCACUGCAGAUCAGCGAUGGGACCAACAAGGUGGUUGAGAGCUUUGAGCUGAUUGAAGACAUGAUGGAGCUUGACCUCGUCAAAUGUUAUCGUCAAGAUGGCCUGUUUGCUUCGCACGUGCAGAAACCUGAACACAAUGGUCUGAGCGUGGACCGAGUAGAUGAGGAAAGUGAGGCAGAUCUGAGCGAUCCAACAAGCACCAGCAACGACGUCGCGAGCAGGCGGCAAAUCUUGCUCGACACGGGUUUGAAGGAAAGACAAGGCGGAAUGAGAUGGUGUCCUUGUCACAAUGCCCAGCAGAUGCUCAUGGCGGAGACGGACGAGCUGCGUCUACAGCUGGAUAUCGUUCAAGCUUCCGUGCAAGCCCGGGUGGAGACUGAAACUCGCCGGAUACUGGCUGAGCUUCUGGAAGAGGACGAGGUUGUUUCGCUGUUGCACCUGCAACAUGGCAUCGUUGAAAGGGAAGGAGCGAAACCGGGGCCUCACCGCAACAUGUCGGAGAGAGACGGGGGAAAGGACAUGGAGAUUUGGCUCUACCAGUUGGUCAUGCCAGUCAUCAAGAUGGAGAUGGACAACAUCAAGGAGAGGCUCUGGACUCUUGCCAACCGUGACUUCGAGAUGACGAGCAGUGUAGAGAGAGGCUCAGAAAUCAGGAAGUCCCACGUGACGACACCGAAAACGCCGCGGCAGACUGUCUUGCCCAAGAGCUUUCCUCACAGCAGCUGCUGGGACCGAAGGCUGUCAAACGAGCGGUUCUUUCCUUGUUUGGUUGGCUUACGUCCUUAUCUCCUCCCCUUCGCAGAGCUUGAGGAUCAGGACCCCGAGGGCGGAGCAUCACAGAUCGCCGAGGCGACUGUUCGAUUCCCGCGGGGAUGCAACCCAAGACAGCCUGAGAGGGUCCAAGAGCAGAAGCUCGUCGGGAUUGGAGCGAGUGCGAAGGAGUGUCGCAGGAGAUCGCAACAGAACGCCACUGACCAGGAGAACUGUAACCUAACUUCUCUGUGCUCGCUCAAGUUCACCCUUGUCAAAGUUUCCGCCAACUGGAGGGUGAUCGACUCGGAAGAAGCAGCGCGCAAGCAGAAUCUGGAAGACGUUGUGGCGAUCCUGCACAUAGAUCCUGACUAUGCACAGCACAUGCCCGGACUACACACGCACUUUUUACCGCAACUCUUCGAUCGUAACUAA